UUUUGAACUGUUCUUUUAGCUAUGUUCAUGUCAAUAUUCUAUAGUGGGAUGCUUUGUAUACUUGUGAGGAAAUAACUAUCAUCAGAGACAUGCUGGAAUUCCAACAAGAUUAAAAUAAAAGCUUUAAGAGUAUAUAUAUUUUUAAAUCAAUACGAUGAAAUUUUGUUUUCUUCUCUCCAUACAAAACGUUCGUUUUGGGUGUUCGCGAAGUUAUCUCAUUCUUAGAAAAUCUUUCUAAAUCAUCACAUCACAGGUUACAAGAAAUAAAGUUGUUUUAGGUUCUAUCACAUCGAGAUGGGCGGAGCAGUGAGAUGGUUUAAAGGAUUGUUUAGCACAAAGAAGAGACUCGUUUCCGGCGAUGGUUCCGAUAAAGAGAAGGAACAAAACAAGAACGCGAUUGCUGUUGCAACCGCAGCAGCUACAGCCGCAGAAGCAGUGGUUUCUGGGGCUAAAGCAGCUGCGGAAAUGGUUAGACUGACCGGUGAAGGAAGAGCAGGAGAUAUCAUGACGUGGGAGGAACGUUGGGCCGCUAUGAAAAUCCAAAAGGUCUUUAGGGGCUCUUUGGCGAGGAAAGCAUUACGAGCUUUGAAAGGUAUAGUGAAGCUGCAAGCUUUAGUGAGAGGAUACUUGGUAAGGAAACGCGCGGCUACGAUGCUGCAUAGCAUACAAGCUUUGAUUAGAGUCCAAACGGCUGUGCGUUCUAAACGCGAUCGCCGCCACAAGAAAGAGUACAGCCACAUGUUUCAACCACGACACUCCUUUGAUAAGUUUGAUGAAGUGGCGAGUGAAGAGAGACAUCAAAAGAUUGUGGAGGUCCAUGACAUGUUUAAGAGGAGACCUACACCUAGGCAAACGCACAAUCUUGUCCCAAUGUCUGAAUAUGAAGACGGUUUUGUUUACCGAGGGAGUGAUUUGGAGUUGAACUUACCAAAGGAGAAGUGGAAGUCUGGGACUGCGCAAAGCACGCCAAGAUUGUCAUCUUCAUCAAAGUUUGCGACGACACCGAGACUAACCUCUUCAUCUCACCAUCACACGACUAAUAAUAAUCGCUACUAUGUAAUGCAGUGUCCUAGUAAAAGGGUUUGUGGAAAUGCUCAGUCUGGCUAUGGAAUGAACACUCCUGGUCCUGGCUACAUGGAGAAUACACAGUCGUUUAAGGCGAAGCAACGUUCGCAUAGCGCACCUCAUCGGCUUUCUGAGAGGAACCGGUUGUCGCUAGAUGAGGUUAUAGCCUCCAAGAAUCGCGUUAGCGGCGGCGAGAGUUUGCAGCAACAACGCUAUUCUUGUUCUAGCUACAUGAUUCUGUAAAAAAAAAAAAAAAAAAAAAAUUCUCUUCAAGAAUUUAGCAAUGAAU